UUCUCUUUUGAAAAAAUAUUUCUGGCAAUGGACGUUGACGAAGAGAUUGAUGUUGUGACCAAUACAGAUGACGUAAACGGCGUUGUUGCCUCUGGCGAUGAAGAAGACGAUAAAGAAUAUGAAGUCGAGAAGAUAUUAAAGCAGAAAAGGGAGAGAGGCAAAACACUUUUUCUUGUUCGUUGGAGGGGAUAUGGUCCCAGCGAUGACUCUUGGGAGCCACAAGAAAAUUUAGUUGACGGUGCCCAAGAUGUUUUGGAUGCGUUUUUGGAAGAACAGGCACAAUUGAAAAAGAAGGGAGUUAAACGUUUGGGCAGUGAAAAUAUCAAAACACCGAAGCGCGUAAAAAGUGCCACUCCGCUGAGUGAUGUAAACGCUGAAGAAAUGAGCAGUGAGAGUGAAGAUGAUGAAUUCAAAGUUGAAAGUUCUUCUAAAAAGAAAGGCGGUGGAAAAGCAACCAGCAAAAGCAAAGGAGGAAAAGGACGUGCUUCAGCUUCAGCAAAGAAGAAAUCGGAAACAACUUCUACUCCUUCACGUAGAUUUUCUUCUUCAGAUUCUCGUCUUGGUGUAAAUACGAGCCAAUCUUCAUUGCAAACUGCUGUUGAGUCGCGUGUUAAGAAUAAUGUUUUUCAUAGCUGGCUAGAUAGUGAUGAAGAUGAUGAGGAACGCCUUUCUGUUGAAGGGAAAAAUGAUAUUAAAACUGAUGAUGACGACAAGGUCAAAGACGAAAAUGGCGAUCUUGAAUUAAAAUUGAAUACAUCGGGAAACAGUGAAGAUGACAAAAAUAAAGUUAAUGGAAAAAUUGUUGAGAAUGGGGAAGUUGAUGGUAAGGGAUCUGUUCGGAAGGAUAAUAAGAAGGAUUCUCCUCCACCUCCGACUGAUCCUGAAGAAAAUGGAGAUGAUAAUUCAAAAGCAAAGGCUGCAAUUUCAGCAUCGCUUCGACGUCGUUCAACAACUGUUGAGAAAACUGAAGUUAAAAAUUCUAUCAACAACAAUAUUUCCACUAAAGAAGUGUCAAAUGCUAAUUGUAAGCAAAAGAAAAAUAAAAAUGAACGGGAAGUUGAUGUUGAUAAGGAAAAAGGAGAAAAGCCAUCUUCAGAAUUUCGUAUUGACGUUAUGUUUCGUGAUAAUGUUGGGAAGCUUAAAUUGGUGGCUAAUUUGGGAAUGACGUCUGAAUGUCAAAUUACUAUUAAUGCACAACUUGAAAAGGAAUUGGCUAUGUUUCUUAAAACAAAAAUUAAACCUGGAGGACCUAGGAAGAAUAAAAAUAUUGUUAGUGAUGAUGAUUCUGAUGGUUAA